GUCACAGGCAGGGGCCGCCAUUUUGACUGAGCAACCCUAGUGACAGGAGCCGAAGAAGCAGCGCAGGUUGUCCCCGUUUCCCCUCCCCCUUCCCUUCUCCGGUUGACUUCCCGGGCCCCCUACACUUCACAGUCCUGGUCCCGCCAUGUCCCAGAAACAAGAAGAGGAGAACCCUGCGGAGGAGACCGGCGAGGAGAAGCAGGACACACAGGAGAAAGAAGGUAUUCUCCCUGAGAGAGCUGAGGAGGCAAAGCUAAAGGCCAAAUAUCCAAGCCUAGGACAAAAGCCUGGAGGCUCCGACUUCCUCAUGAAGAGACUCCAGAAAGGGCAAAAGUACUUUGACUCAGGAGACUACAACAUGGCCAAAGCCAAGAUGAAGAACAAGCAGCUGCCAAGUGCAGGACCGGACAAGAAUCUGGUGACUGGUGACCACAUCCCCACCCCACAGGACCUGCCCCAGAGAAAGUCCUCACUCGUCACCAGCAAGCUUGCGGGUGGCCAAGUUGAAUGAUGCUGCCCGGGGCUCCGCCAGAUCCUGAGACGCUGCCCUCCUGGGUCCUGUGCUGGCUCCUGCCCCUCCCUGCUUUGGCAGCCAGGGGUCAGGAGGUGGCUCGGGUGCGGGCUGGAGAGGCAGAAGCCCCUGCCCGUCGGUGUCCCAGCGCAUGGAGCCCCUUGGGCUGAGCACCAAGACCCUGAACCUUUUUUGUUUUACCUUUUUUCCAAAUAAUUGUUGGGAGAAAUCUCAGUGAAAUCCUGGGGGGUGGGGGGUGGGGUGGGGGGGUUGGUGUUUGAGAGGGUGGGAUGGGAAAUUUGUGGGGGAUAUGAAAUAGGACUUGGAGUUGAUAAAAACAUUCCUGACUAUCUUCCUUCCCAACCAUGUGGCUGGUGUGGGAUGGGUGUAAGGGGGAGGAGUGGAGCAGAUUCCAGAUGAAGAAUUCUGAUUCGGCUCUGUAGAAAAAUGCCUUGUUUGCUUGGAUGUGGCUGGGGACCUGGGGUCAGAUAAAAGAAACUGUCCAUCUAAAGAUGACAGAAGCAAACAACCCCUCUGGUCCCGCAGAGCAAGCUGAGAACCCAAUGUUAAUUGUUCAUUUUAAAAAGUGCUGUCCUUGAAAUAGAUUUGCUGUGGGGAAAAGGGCAGUGAGUGUGGGGAAAGGGGCCAUGAGCGUGGGGAGCCCCACAGAGCCCAGGGGACUUUUUGAGUAUUUGAAAUAAAAAAAAAAAAAGAAGAUGACCCACAAAAAAACACAACCCAGAAAUAUUCUGAAGCAGUUGGUGUGUUUUAUUGGGGUUUGGGGAAAGGGAAGAAAAUGAAACUGAAGACAGCAUUCAGGGGAGAAGCUGGUAUGGGGCCCUGAGUUUUAAGGAACAGGGGCCCUUAAUACAGGAUGUGACUGGGGCUUGCCGCUUCCAUCACUCAGGGAGAGGGAACAGGGAUAUUGGCGUAUAGAUCAGGGCUUUUCUGGACUCCUGUCCAUCCCUUUUGUUUGUGUAGCUAGUGUAGAAGAUGUGUCAACCUCGGGUUUUGGUUCACAAAAUAAGGAAUCUGAUCUAGUUUAUUAACACCUAGAGCUUAGUAUAGGCUAAGCAAAAAAGGAAGCCCACUCUUCCUUUUCCCUUUUAGUCUUCCAUUCCUUCAUAAGUUCUUAAGUCUGUGAAGGAGAAAUGUGACUUCUGGUCAUAAGCCAAAAGCUCAACCUUUCUGUUUGUGGCCAGCAGGAGGCAGAGUGAGUGACUUCCUCACCAUUGUCACAAGUAUCACUGGAAUCCUGCCGCUGCAAGAAGUUAAAAAUUGCCUGUGAAUGUAACCUAGAAAAGAAACAUUAGCAAAGGAGAAACAAACUCAUCUGUCUCUCCGAGACACACACCAACAUUCACAUACAGUAGAUGAAAUCUACUUGCGCAUUUUGCCCAACUUUGAGUAGGAGAGUUUACUGUGAUAUUUUCCCAAAUGUGAUUGGCUUCUCAAAUGAGUAUGCAUCAAGGAAGAUAAAGUCCAGGAGACAUAGAUAUUCCAGCGAACUCUCCAUCUUCUUGAAGGGGACGGGUAAUUUUAAACUAGGAACGUGAUUCUCAGUACCUAACUCAUUCUUUCUCUUUAAUCAGAAGUUUUCCAAAUACAUUUUCAGUUCCUCAGGAUGUUACGGACUUGCUGUCUUCUGCUUUAGCCAGGGGAUGGUGAUGCCUCUUAGCCAUCAGCCUUUCUGAACCGCAUGCUAGACACUGAGCCAGCCAGGUGGUAUGGAGGUACAUUAAAGACAUUCCCUACCAUUGUGGGGUUUAUUGUCUUUGUGAAAGAAGACAUCUGCAAAAGUUCACAUACUUGAAACUUACAAACUCAAAGCUAGGAGCUGUACACACACAAAUAGAAUGUUUACUGUAGUGUGGGGUUAGUCUUCUCAUCUUUAUUCCCCUUCAGCCAAUCCCAUGACUUCUUUUUGAGCAUGACUUCCCUAGUGUAUGUUUGCCAGGUGGAUACAGCUGGGGAGUGAGAUCAGUGCGGCUGAAUGUGGGAUCAUUUGGUGCAGGUUUGUUUUAAUACAGAUAAAGUUGAAGUGUAGAAAUUAUUUAGGAGGUGGCAAAGUUAGGUUGCUGAGGAGAUCGAGAUAGUCUCUUGGCUUAUAUAUAUGACUUUUCCAAUAUUCCUGGCUUCCCUGGUCCUUAGUUCUAAGCUGUAGCCUUGAGAGAUCCUGAGGGGCUGAGAAAGGACUGUAGCUAUCUCUAUUUUAGUGUAGAACCUUGCCAUUCCUUCUCCCUCACCCCCAUACUACGGGGCCAGGCAAGCAGGACAGAUUGCUCUGCAGUGCCUCAAGUAGCUAUUCCUGCCCACAUCCCAAAGAGUGUGGUAAGGGUUCUUCCACUCCUCCAACAUAAUUGAGUGAUGAUUGUACUGACAGUCGUCUUGACCAUCUGAUAUACAGGGUGGCAGGGAUGAAGUCACCAUUAUUAUUGUCCAGCAGCAUGUAUUUUAAGCUAAUGUGGCCCGGGCAUGGAAAAUGCAGGCAAAAUAAAAAAAACUUGGAGCCUUUCCAUUGAGAAAUCUGCAGUGAGCCAGCAGUACUCACACGAGCAAUCCUCGGGUGUAUAGUGCCCUCUACUGGGCCUUGACGGCGGUUAACUAGGAAAGGGAAGCUAGGACUUGACAGAGGCAUACAAAUAAAUGCAAAUUCUAAGCAGAGUUCUAAGCAGAAUUCUUCUAAGGGAAGGAGAAUCAGGAGAAGGGUUGUUAGCUAACUUUUCUUAAGAGACUGGGGACUUACUAAUGAGGUGAGGCCUCCCGUGCUUGGGCAAGAAUAUUUUUAUUCACCGGUAACUGCUGAACACCCACUUUGCAGUUAGAAAUAUUAGCUGUUGUUGGGCAGAUAGACAAUGUAAGAGAUGGUGUCUGCCCUGGAGGCACUUGAAGGCUCAUUGAGACGAUGCUUCUACAUACAAUGCAAGGCAGCAUAUCAUCAGUCCAUCUGUAGUAAAAGAAUCCCAAGAAGGGAACAUCCAAAGGGCUGCAAUCAUUAGGUAAAUACAGGUGGUGGAAAUGAAAUUGUCCAGUUUGAUUACUUAAUAAAAGCCCAAAAUAUGCCAGGUGCUGCGCUAAAAUAUAAGUGAUAUGUGGGUGCUUCCUUUUUCCACGUGAAGAAAUCAUGCUACCGUGUUGAACUUGGGUAGUACCCAAGUAGGCCUAGCUACAUAGAGGAAUGGGGAUGAGCAAAUAAUUGCUAAAUGUUUUGAGCACUUAUGGUGUGUCAAGCCCCAUGCCGAGUGCUUAACACACCCUCACAGCAGCUCCAUGAGAAAGCAGUCUUACUGCUGCCAUUGUCCAAGUGAGGAAACUAAAGCAGUAACUUGCCGAAGUGGCACAGCUUCUGAGAAUGGAGGCAGGAGUCGCUACGGUGUCUGCAAAGGGAUGGGGAAAGAGUGAUCAGGAACACUUAUGGAGCAAGUUCUGAAGGAGGAACAGGAUUUCUCCAGAAAGGUAAGGUGACAAGGGUCAUUUUGGUAGACAGACCAACACUUAGAGAAGGACGGGACCGUGUGGAGUCGGUGGUAUUUCUGCAACAACAGCAUCAAGUCCUGGGGAGUGGCUGGUACCAGGCCAACAGGGCAGAUAGGAGCCACAUGACAGAGGCUAUGACAGGCAGGCAUGCCUAGGGACCUGAUGGAUGGCAAAGAAUAAUAUUUUAGGUCAAUGCCAAAACAUGUGGAGAAGGAAUUUGAAGGUGAAGGAUUUAGUGAUGGACUGGCUCUAGCAUCAAGUUGUCUGGUUUUUAUCUAUUUUGGUAACUCAGGACAAGUUUCUUCAACUCUCUUUGCUUACUUACUUGUAAAACAGGAAUGAUGUGGUACCCACUAUGAAGGGUGGUCGUGCUGACUAAACAGCAUAAGGUGUGUAAAGCCCUCUCUUCAGGGAUUCCAACAGCACAUAAGGAGCCGUCAAGGAGCUUACAGACUAUAGAGGGAUAUAAUAAGGAUGGGUAGACAAGACAAUUAGAAUACAAGAAGGGAUGAGCACAAAAUGUUCUAGAAGCACUUACCUAAUUUGGGGAGGUAGAAGAACAGAAAAAUCCUUCCACAGAAAGGAGUUAGUAAGCUGAAAUCUGAUACAGUAAGACUGACAGGUAAAGGUUAUGUCAGGAAAGGGGGUCUUCCAAAAGGAAGCAUGUAACAAGAUGCAGAUGUAAUUCCAUUACAUUGCAAUAAUUGGAAACUUGAAGUAAUUGAGAGUAGUUGUAGCAUGCCAUGCAGCAGGUGAGGCUGGAGACAGGUGGAGGGAAGCAGGAGUCCAAUCACAGAGGGCCCUUUGGACUUUAUCCUGGAGGCAAUGAGAAGCGCUGUUUAAAGACUGAGCAAAAGAAUGACAAGUCAGAUUGGCUCUUUAGAAUAAUCUUACUGACUACGGUGUGGGCAAGAAGUUGGAGAGGGUAAAAUUGAUGUAUUUAGAGGUGCUGUUAACAGGAUGGAAAGUUAAGGGAUAUGGCAGUUGUAAAGAAAAGAUGAUUCAACCUGUGGCAUAAAUUUGACAUAGCAAUGAAGCAUCAUUACCUAAGUGGGGAAUUCUGUACUACACUCCACUUAGUAAACUGUUACCACGGGCUAGUUAUAAAUAAGACAGACUGUUGUGUUGCUACAGUACUUAGGCUAGAUAUGAUUAGGAACUAAAGAAGGUAAAGACAGUAGGGAUGAAGAAGAGUGGGCAAAUUCAAGAGAUACACAGGAAGCACAAUCAACAGAACUGGAUAUGGGGUGUAGGACUUGGGAAGAGAAAGCACUCUAAUAAAAGAUCCCCAGGUUUCUGGCCUCGGUUACUGGGUAAGGGAUGAUGCUAUAACCUAGAGAGAAACUACCACUGAAAGAGCAAGUUUAACAAGGAAGAUCAUGAGUUCUGUGUUGCAGAAAGGAUGAUACGAGGUGCCUGUAGGACAUCAAAGAAUAGGUUACCCAUAAGUUAUUGCAUUUAGGAGCCUAGAAGGUGAAGAAAUCAAAAUAGGAAAUGUAGAUUCUGUGAAUUUCACAGUACACUUAGUAAUACUAUGGAAGUGAAAGCAUAUAGAGCAAAAUGACUGGAGGGCUGGCCCUGAUGAAAGCUAACAUGUGAAGGCAAUAAAGAAAGGGCCCAACAAAAUAAGAGAAUCUGGAAGAUGUGGUGCCCAAUGACAGAGUUUAAUGGAAGAAUUGAGUCAAUGUGAAAUGCUAUUGGAGGUUGCUGAAGUAAGAAAUUAGAAAUCUCUCUUCUAUAUAAUAAAAAGUGCCCCUUGGGGCACCUGGGUGGCUCAGUAAGUUAAGUGUCCAACUUUGGCUCAGGUCAUGAUCUCACAGUUCGUGGGUUCGAGCCCCAUGUCGGGCUCUGUGCUGACAGCUCAGAGCCUGGAGCCUGCUUUGGAUUCUGUGUCUCUCUCUGCUCCUCCCCUGCUUGCACUCUGCCUGUCUCUCAGAAAUGAAUAGACGUUUAAAAAAAUUUUAUUUUUAAUUUAAAAAAAAAAAGUGCCCCAAGGGGUGCCUGGCUGGUUCAGUCAGUGGAGCACGCAACUCUUGAUCUUGAAGUUGUAAGUUUGAGUCCCAUGUUGGGUGUAGAGAUUAAAAAUAAGAUCUUAAAAAAAAAAAAAAUGCCCAGAAUUUCAAGAAAUGUGUCACAACAGUGGGUAACUCUAUUUGUCAUGAUUAUAGUUUAGCGUGUCUAUGUAUGUCCACUUUCUAUAUUUUUCCAGAUUUUGGAAAUGAGUAUAUAUUUGAUAGAGGUCAUUUUAAUUCUAAAAACAAUAAUAAAAAUCACAUUUUUUUUUUAAUGGA